UAAUUGCACAAUUGAUCUGACUGCCUUGCACGGAACAAGCAUAGCGGGUUCUGCAGAACCCAAUACACGCCCAUCCAUGAACUCCUCCCGGCUUUUCUCGCUGGCGGCUCGCCAUGUCUUCCGCUCCCCGGUCCGCAGGUAUUCCAGCGCGUCCAACUUUAUUCCCCCGCGCGGAUGGACGCCAACACCGUUUGUAACUGAGACACUGGGAGGUGCCUGGCACACAUACGAUAUAUUCUCCAGAUUAUUAAAGGAGCGCAUAGUAUGCCUCAAUGGCGAAGUCGACGAGACAGUUUCGGCCUCCAUAGUAGCCCAACUUCUCUUUCUCGAAGCAGAUAAUCCAGAAAAGCAAAUCAGUCUCUACAUAAACUCCCCUGGAGGCUCAGUCACAGCCGGACUCGCCAUCUACGACACGAUGACCUACAUCCAGUCUCCCGUGAGCACAAUCUGCGUCGGUCAAGCGGCCUCGAUGGGUUCUCUCCUCCUCUGUGGCGGCGAGCCGGGAAAGCGCUUCUGUCUCCCGCACUCCUCGGUCAUGGUCCACCAGCCGUCGGGAGGCUACUUUGGACAAGCGACAGAUAUUGCGAUCCACGCCAAGGAAAUCUUGCGAGUCCGUAAACAAUUGAAUGAGAUCUAUAGGAGACAUCUGACCAAGGACAUGUCCCUUGAGGAGAUCGAGAAGUUGAUGGAGAGAGAUUACUUUAUGGGCGCAAAGGAGGCGUUGGAUAUGGGAAUUGUAGAUGGGAUUAUGGAUCGCAGAAUGAAACCGAAGGAAGAAGGUCCGAGCUGAUUUGGUGAAUAUCUGCGAUAAGGCUUUGAAGGUGUUUAUUAUGGGCGUUUGAUGGUUAUGACGACUAAGGCUCUCCCCUAUACCUCUGGAAUCUAUUAUCUGUACUC